AAACUGCAUCAUGCAGUUAGUUUCUGCGUAAAAAUUAAUUGAAUCCCAAUUGGUCUGAAAAUAGUUCUUAAUACUCUAUACAUCAUUUGUACACCCUAUGUCUAUGUACCUAUUUGUGUUCAUGCUUAUGUGGGAAACGAUUGGCCUGAAAUUUGUAUGGAAAUUUAUUUUUAGUUCCCCAAAUUCGAAACAUUCUGUUGCAAAAUUUCAAUCUUUAAAUUUAACUACCAUGCUUGUGUAUAUAUUGUUGCAUGUAUAAACACAAAUGUAUUUAAGGAUACUUAUGUGUAUAUACAUAUCUGUGUUUAUACAUACAAGUAUUUUUUUAACUAUACAGUUUAAUAAAGAUCGGGGAAGAUUUUUCCUUUUUUCCAAUAGGUGGAAGAAAUCUUGAAGACCAGAAAUUGAAAAAUGUGUUUUAAUUAAAAAAAAAUUAAAAUUUUCCGGCUGUGGAAGAUGGAUCUUCUUUGCAGCCAGUUUGAAACACAAGUUCAUCUUUAAAUGAACUAUUUAUUUUGAAGAGGCAAUUAACCUUCACUAUCUCCAGUCUUCCUGACCAUUCAAAUGGACUUGCUUUCUCCAGUAGUUGUAAUUCACCCUGUCUGAAUUUUGAAUGAGAAUGAGAUGUGUUCCUUGGAAAUGUGAGGAAGAAAAGUCUUUCUAUCCCGUUAUUAUCAAUUCAUGGAUUGAGUGUUGAUUCGACCUACAGGAGAAAAAUUAACUGGAAGUCUUUGAAGACAGAGUUGCAUGCUGAACCUACCAAGAUUAUAUUUUAAAGAAGAUACCUGUAAAUCCAGCCUAUAGAAGGUUUGCCAGUUAAACCAAACUGAUCAGCCAUCACUGAGAGAAUAGUAAACCUCUGUUCAGCCACCAGUCUCUCCAACAUAAGUUCGCAAUAAAGAUUCAGCCGAAUAUGUCUAACCAAGGAGAUGAUUGUUACUUUUAUUUCUACUCCACAUGUACCAAGGGUGACAGUUGCCCCUUCCGUCACUGUGAAGCUGCUCUGGGGAAUGAAACUGUCUGUGUGCUCUGGCAAGAGCAGCGAUGUUUCAGAAGUGUCUGCCGAUUUAGACACAUGGAGAUUGAUAAAAAACGCAGUGAGAUCCCAUGCUUUUGGGAGAAUCAGCCAGUGGGCUGUCAGAAGAUGAACUGUGCAUUCCACCACAACAAGGGACGUUUUGUGGAUGGGCUUUUCUUACCUCCAAGCAAGACUGUUCUAAACGUGCCUGAACCUACGGAAGAGGAGAUGAAGGCUACACAGAUUUCAUUGCAACAGAAUAAACUUUCUGUUCAGUCCAAUCCAUCUCCUCAGCUGCGUGGGGUAAUGAAGGUGGAAAGUUCUGAAAAUGUACCAAGCCCCACUCAUCCACCAGUUGUUAUCAAUGCUGCAGAUGAUGAUGAAGAUGAUGACGAUCAAUUAUCGGAAGAAGGCGAUGAAUCUAAAAUGCCUGUUCAACAACCCUCUGCGGAGGUUUCUAAUGGAUUGCGGGUAAUUUCUACUCGGAAAUCAGCAAGUAGCACAAAACAAGUUGAUAAUUUGAAUUUUGGAAUCAAAACCCUUGAUGAGAUCAAGUCAAAAAAAAUGAAGGAAAAAUCAAAGAAGCAAGGCGACAACCCCUCUGAAGUUUCUGCUCAGAUUCAGACCCAUCCAGGCCCAGAAAAAGAAAAUGUACGGACUGUGGUCAGAACUGUAACUUUAUCUACAAAGCCAGGUGAAGAGCCUCAGAUUCGAUUGACUGUUGCAGAGAGAUUGGGAAAAAGGAAAUCCUUUACAGUUUCUGAGGGUGGUCUCCCUCUAAAACGUAGCCUUGCUGAAAGACUGGGAAAGAAAAUAGACUCCUUGGAGAAUACAGACAAAAUACCAAAGAGAGUACAAGUUCCCUUGUCGCUUAAAGAGAGACUAGGAUUACCAUAUGAGCAGAACAAUAUGGAAACAGAGAAUGCUGCCCAACCAGCAGGUGAAAUUCGUGUGAAAACACUUGAAGAAAUCCGUUUGGAGAAGGCUAGCCAAAGAAAGGGAGAAAUUCACCCCAAACCCAAGGUUGAAGUAACAUUUACCAUUGAUGAUCCCAAUGCAGUGGCAAAACCAUCUCCUGCCAUCAGGAUCAAAACCUUUUCAGAGGUCCUGGCUGAGAAGAAGCAGAGGCAAAUGGAAGAGGAACGGAUAAAAGCUGAAAAAGUGAGCCUUGCCGGACCAAAGCAUGAGGGUGAGCCCCAGAAACAAGGCUCCCUGGGUUCAGCCGUUUCCAGCAGAAGAAAGCUGGAGGAGCCUUCUGACAAAGCUAAGGACUUUAGGGAGGUGCGCAUCAAAACUCUAGAGGAAAUCAAGCAGGAAAAAGCCCUCCGAAUGCAGCGAAGUGGGGAGAACACCUCAAAGACACAGAUGCAACCUGAGCGAACUCCAGUUGGGAGGAGACAGUUAAGCAUUACAAAGCCAACAGCUCCUGGAAGAGAAAAAAAACAGCUAGAGCUGAAGUCCUCACCAAGAACUUCUAUAUCAGAUACCACUGCAAAGCCUUUGAAUGAUGGCAUGAGCAAUUCACAUUCUAAAGUCCAAGUGAAGAGCUUGGAGGAGAUAAAGAAGGAGAAGCAACGGCUAAAACAGCAGCAAGAGAGGAAGCCCCAGGAGCAGCAAGUGACUGUGCCAUCUGCUGGGGAAGAAACUGCAGAAGGGAAGGCUGCAAAAAAUCCUGUAUCCCCAAUGACAACAGGGAAAAGCCGUCCACUUACAAAGAGGUUGCUAGUGAGAUCCCAGGAGGCAGCGCCAGAGAACGUGGGUUCAGAAGAGUUGAGACUUUCUGCUCAGCCUGUAGAACGAAAGAUUAAAGCCAAACCAAAAGUGAAUGUGAAACCAUCUGGAGUGAAGCCAGUGUCUCCAGCAAAGCAGGCACUGAAACGCAAAGCGUCGGAGAAUCAUACUUCUGUUAUUGCUGCAGUGAAGCCUCUGAGUCUCAUCCCAAGCACAGACACAAAGGAGCACCUAUCUGAAAACACAGCCCUGGCAAGUGCUCCUCGUCUUACAGAAGCCACAGAAGCUGCUGUUCCUGAGAGAGUGCAGUCUAACAGCUCCGAACUGCAUAUGGAGAACCAGGCAGCCUCCAUGUUGCAAGCAGAGACAGCAAGCGCAACCUCUUCCCAUGCAGCAGUAAAGACACGCAGACUGAGCUCAACAGGACCUGGGAAGACACCCACAUCAGUAGACGACGACUUUGAAAAGCUGAUUUGGGAAAUCUCAGGAGGCAAACUGGAAGCAGAGAUUGAUCUGGACCCAGGAAAAGAUGAGGACGACCUCCUGCUUGAACUUUCUGAAAUGAUUGACAGCUGAUUUCACCCCCCAUAUAUGGUUUAUUUCUGAGAGAAAAUAAAUGUUGUAUAUUUUGUUGGAUAACCAAGAUUACCCAUUUCUUGGUGAGAAGUUAUGGCAAGUCUUAAAGCACACUUGAACUGAUGAAAGAAAUUGGCUGCAUUUGAUGGUCCUGUAUUGCCCUGCUGGUCAGAGAGAUGUUCCUAUAUGACUGUCUUGUUACUAUCCAACCCACCUGAAAUACUUUGAGAAAACCACAAACAUUUCAACUUGGGAAAAUCUGAUAAUCCCACAUGGGGUCCACUUGUUGACUCAACAACCUUCCUGUAUAUAUAUAUAUAUAUUUACUUAACUGUCACAUUUUGUUUUGCAGCCAUGUGGCAAACCUAAGUGUCUGUUUGUUUCACAGCUUCUUGCUUUGUUAUUUCUUUAAGGGUAAUUUCUGUAUUCCCGAGUUACUGUGUCAGCUCUUUGAGUCAUGCAAUUAUUUUUUCAACUUUGAUUUUGGAGCCAGGAGUACAGUUUAAAAUGUGGAGGAGCAGAAAUGUAGUAAUCUCCACAAUGCUGCCACAUGACAAAUGUGGCUUUAGAAAGAAGGAAAUAAUAUUGAACAUUUGUUUUUGUUUUUUUAUCUUCCUCACUGUCAUUCUGUACCAUUUAGAAGUUUCCACUAGCAAGCAUAAACUCCAUGUCGCAAAAGCUAAGAAUUUUUGUGUGUGCACCUAUAUUCAUUAAAAAUAAUAAUUGUUUUUAAAACAUGCCUUACAGUGGCAUGUGAGGUUAUUCUCAGGUUUUGUUCUUUUUUCCUGAACUGAUGGCCUUUUUUGCUGAUAUUGCACCGGUCAUUUAAAACAAAGCUUUGGAGUGCUGCCUUUUGGCAGGUAAACCAUAUAUAUGCACUUUCCCCUGCCAAAUCCACAGAGUUCUCAGCUGUGGCUCUGAAACUGCCCACCUGCAAACUUUCCAUGGUACCCAUGUCCAGCGCUUGAAGCCCUACAAACGAUCUUUAUUUGGCAGUGUUCCACAAACUCUGCAGCGUGGCUGUGGAGACUCGGGUGUAUUGUAUACCCUGUCAUUCUUAAAUCCAUAUUUCAUAUGAUUACCUUUUGACUAUUGUUAUCUGCAGGAUCUUUCUGGUUGCGUUCCUAGCAGGAAUAAAAAUUUGCUUGAUUCUGUUGUAAAUAUGUUCACUUUAACUUGGAAAAACCCUGUGCUUUGCAAGUUCACAUUGAAAUUUUGCCUGUGCAAAAGAUGGUUGAAUAGAGUCAUACUUUCAAAUUUAUGUUAAAAGCUGCCUUGCAUUAACUGCUAGUUGACACAUUGCUCCAAAGAAGUGGGAAACCAGAGAACUUCUGAUGGGUGGUGAACAAAAACAACAGACAUUUGAGACUGAAUAGUUUGCAAUAGUUUGUGUCUGCUUAUGCAGAACCUUCUGUUUGUUGGCAUUUUUCUUCUUUAUUGUUUUCCAUACAAUAGAUUCCACUCUAGGCUUUUACCUACAGACUCCGUUGCUUUCUGUACAUCUUUUUGUUUUCUAUUUAAAUCACUGUAUCUGCAUCAGAUAUGUUUGCUAUUUCUUUAAACAGUCUGCAGGAGAGAGAAGUAUUUGUGUUUUAAAUAAAGCUAAUGUCGAAAA